AAAUCGACAUCCUUUGCUCAGCUGCAGAUGCACCGCAGGAUCUCAACCACAGCCUAGACAAGGGCUUUUCUGUGCUAAUCCGCCAGCCGCCAUCGAACUGGCUCCUCCAGAGUGCCCACUCAUCCAAGUACAUGCUGUUUGAAGUUGAAGACGAAAAGAUUCUGGAUGCAUCUGUCUCUGCAUUACGAGACUUCACUACCAUCCAGAGCCUCCCGAAUCACACUGAAAGCUCAUUCCUGGAGAUUUGCGACGCAUUUCUCGCGCAAUUCCGCGACCUGGACACUUUGCUGAACGGCCACUACGAACAUAUAACCACGGAAUUGUUAUCGGCAGCAGCCCGACUCCAGUCCCAACUUCUAUGUGAGUUGGAUACAGAUACAGGUACAGAUAUGGACCUUUCUGGCGACACCACAGUAAUCGCGCUGGCUUUGCACUGCUUCGCGAUGAUACACUUCAUGGCAGGGAUCGAAGGUUAUAACCCAAAUAUACCAGAAACCGAGCUCUUCCGCGACGGGUCUCCUGUGGUUGUUAUGGAACAGGAAUAUGAAGAAAGGCGUUUUCUCCCGACCAUACGCGUGCAUAAGCCAGAGAACUACCCAGUCCCGAGAUUGGACCCAGAGCCCAGCAUUAAGAGAACGGGAGAGAGACACUUGUAUCUGGAUAGGGAAUUCCAUCGCAUCCUGGAACACGUCGUGCAUGUAUCUUUCCGCCUGUUGAAUACGCAGGACCCGAGACACUGGCCCACUGUGCUGUAUGUGCUUGUGAUUCUUAGCGUGGCAAUCCGGGAUGGCCUGAACCCGCUCCUGAGAUGGAGGCAAAGGCUAGGCGAUGCAAAGAGAGAGUUUGACCUUGUGUUCUGGGAUCUCGCGCGUUAUUACUAUAUCUGUACAGGUCGUGGGCAGAUUUUAAGUGACCGUUGGUGUAAAAAGGAGUAUGCGGCUCGGGUGCAACAGGAUAGGGUUGCUGUUGAGCAUGCUGAGAUGCUGAAUCGGUUAUGGCUGGAUCUAGUCCUAUACACUCGCCAAAUAUUAACUACACUUGAAGGUAGAUAUGCCGCACGUCUUACACUAAUCAUUAAACGUGUACCCUACCGCACUCAACCCAAAGAGAUUGUGUACCGGCUGGUGCGAGCUUGUUCAAGUCAAAACGGAUCACUCAGCGUCUACAGAACUGCAGCCACGUGUGAAAUUAAAAACUCGUCACUGGGACCGCAGUAUUUAGUAGUGGAGAAGGCAGAUCAGAGUGUGAAAAAGGAGAAUACAGAGAGAGCUGCAGAUUGUUGCGUCCAUGUGGAAGAAAGGGAAUUGGCCAAUCAGGGGCUGAGAACGCCUCUUGAGCAACCGGCACGUGACCUCAGCCCUUAUUCCAAAUCGGGAAUGCCGUUGGUUAUGGGGCACUGUGCAUCCAUGAUGCAGGCUAAAAAGUUUUGUGGACAGUAUACCCCGUGUAGAACCCCAGACAGUUACGGAGUGGCUUGA